GGGGCCUCGGGCGGCGCGGGUGCAUCCCAGCUGCGGAGCGCAGGCAGGCUGGCGGGCGGCGGGUCCGCAGCGGCGCGGCGUCCGGGCUCCGCGACGGGCUGAGGGCCAUGGCCGCCUCUCCGGGCCCGGCCGGCGGUGCCGCCGCCGGGGCAGUGCACGGCUCCGGCCCGUUUGGCCUCGCCUUCGACUCCGGACUCGAGAUCAAAACUCGCUCGGUGGAGCAGACGCUGCUCCCGCUGGUUUCUCAGAUCACCACACUUAUUAAUCAUAAAGAUAAUACCAAAAAGUCUGAUAAAACUCUGCAAGCAAUUCAGCGUGUAGGACAAGCCGUCAACUUGGCAGUUGGAAGAUUUGUUAAAGUAGGGGAAGCUAUAGCCAAUGAAAACUGGGACUUGAAAGAAGAAAUAAAUAUUGCCUGUAUUGAAGCUAAACAAGCAGGAGAAACAAUUGCAGCGCUUACUGAUAUGAGCAGCUUGAAUCGUCCAGAAUCUGAUGGCCAGAUCACAAUUUUUACAGAUAAAACAGGAGUUAUAAAGGCUGCAAGAUUACUUCUUUCUUCAGUGACAAAAGUGUUAUUGCUGGCAGACCGAGUAGUCAUUAAGCAGAUAAUAAGGUCAAGAAAUAAGGUUCUUGCAACUAUGGAAAGACUGGAGAAAGUGAACAGCUUUCAAGAGUUUGUCCAAAUAUUCAGUCAAUUUGGAAAUGAAAUGGUGGAGUUUGCACAUCUUACUGGAGAUAGACAAAAUGAUUUGAAAGAUGAAAAGAAAAAGGCAAAAAUGGCAGCAGCUAGGGCAGUUCUUGAAAAGUGUACAAUGAUGCUUCUCACAGCUUCAAAGACGUGUCUCAGGCAUCCCAACUGUGAAUCAGCCCAUAAAAACAAAGAAGGAGUAUUUGACAGAAUGAAAGUGGCGCUGGAUAAGGUAAUUGAAAUUGUGACCGAAUGCAAACCAAAUGGAGAGACUGACAUUUCAUCUAUCAGUAUUUUUACUGGAAUUAAGGAAUUCAAGAUGAAUAUUGAAACUCUUCGGGAGAAUCUUUAUUUUCAGUCAAAAGAGACUCUCUCUGCGAUGCUGGACGCCCUCUUGGAGCGCACAGAGGACUUUACUGAUUGUGCCUAUACCAGCCACGAGCACAGGGAACGCAUCUUGGAACUGUCAGCUCAGGCCAGGAUGGAACUGCAGCAGUUAAUUUCUGUGUGGAUUGAAGCUCAAAGCAAGAAAACAAAGAGCAUCGAUGAAGAACUGGAACUCGCUAUAUUGAAAAUCAGCCACAGCCUCAAUGAACUUAAGAAAGAACUUCAUAGUACAGCAGCUCAGCUGGCAGCAGAUCUGGUAAAAUACCACGCUGAUCAUGUGGUUCUCAAAGCAUUAAAACUUACUGGAGUAGAAGGAAAUUUAGAAGGUUUGGCUGAAUAUGCCUGCAAACUCUCUGAACAGAAAGAGCGGCUUGUUGAGACCUGUCGAUUGUUGAGACAUGUGUCUGGGACAGAACCUCUUGAAAUAACCUGUAUACAUGCAGAGGAGACAUUUCAGGUGACUGGCCAGCAGAUAAUUUCUGCUGCUGAAACUUUGACAUUGCAUCCAUCUAGUAAAAUUGCUAAAGAAAAUCUAGAUGUAUUCUGUGAAGCCUGGGAAUCCCAAAUUAGUGACAUGUUAACACUGCUGAGAGAAAUCAAUGAUGUGUUUGAAGGAAGACGAGGAGAGAAGUAUGGCUACCUUUCACUUCCAAAGCCAAUGAAGAACAAUGCAAACCUGAAAUCAUUAAAGCCAGACAAGCCUGACUCUGAGGAGCAAGCCAAGAUAGCAAAGCUUGGACUCAAGCUGGGUUUGCUCACCUCUGAUGCCAACUGCGAGAUUGAGAAGUGGGAGGAUCAGGAGGACGAGAUUGUUCGAUACGGACGGAACAUGUCCAGUAUGGCCUAUUCUCUGUAUUUAUUUACUAGGGGAGAGGGACCAAUAAAAACUUCCCAGGAUUUAAUGCAUCAACUAGAGGCUUUUGCUGAAGAGGGUUUGAAGCUUGCUUCAAGUGUGCAAGCUUUCUCAAAACAGCUGAAAGAUGAUGAUAAGCAUAUGCUUCUCCUGGAAAUAAACAAGCUUGUUCCUCUAUGCCACCAGCUCCAGGCAGUAACUAAGAUACCUUUGCAGAAUCAAGUGUUUCUAAAGGUUGAUAAGAGUAUUACAAAGACAAGAUGCAUAAUGGCUACUUUGGUCCAACUUCUCUCACUUUGCUAUAAACUGCUGAAGAAGCUUCAAAUGGAAAACAACAGAUGGGUCUCAGUUACAAAUAAAGAUUCUGUGGAUGGUAAAACUUGAGAAGCUUUUGAGGUCAGAUCUCUGGAACACCAUGUGGCAAAGCUGACAUUUUUAGAAAGCAAAUGAUCCUUUAUAUUUCAGAAACUGAACAAUUUUGUAAAGAAAACAAACUGAAAUCUUGCUUUAUUUUCUGAUCAUGAAACCGAUUGUGAAGCUUUCUGACAACUAUUAAAUGCCAUGGUAGUUGCUAUAUUUCUAAUUGCAGUGUGAUUUUAGAAUGGGACGUUGCCAUGAAUUAUGUUCUUUAAAUCAAACCAAAUAUCCCUACUGUCUUAAUGACAGUUUAAUCCAAAGAAACUAUUUUGAAUAUAUGAUCACUUUUGGCAUAUUUUACCCUAACUUCCUAUUUUUUUAAAUUUAAGCUUAUCAUCUACUAUACCAAGUUGCAGCAGAAGAGACACAGUAGUCUGGGUGAUGCAGGGUUUUCCUUAAACCUGUGGACUCUUCUUCAAUCCCUCUGUCCACUGAGUAUGACUGGGCCUCCGCUGUCCCCUCUGUCACAGAUCAUCCAUGCCAGGAGCACACGUUUGUUCUGUAGUAAGGGUUUCACAGAGCACAGGAAAUCUGUUGUGAUGCAUGUCCCGCUCCCACCCAAAAGCAGGGUCAUGGAGCUCACUGCACGGAAUCCUGGAGGAACUCACUAGGAGAUGGUUUUAGUUCUCGUUCUAGCAUAGCUGGCCUGUCUGCCCUGAAUAUUAGCUGGAAUCCUAAGCCUAUCUUACUGGCUUAAAAAGUUUUUGUACUUCUGAGUAGUGACUGAUGGAACAGAAGGUAGAAGACAGAGAAUAAUUGAACUAAGCUGUUUAAAAUAAAUUCUGAGUAAGCAUACAUUUUAUAUAUGUGCCUUUGGAAUGUUCAUUAUAAAACAAAUAAACAACUUUAGUCUUUUUAGUUUUACGGUUUAAAGCUUUUGUUUUUGUGGGGUGGGUUUUGAUAGAAGGAUCUGGUUAUAAGUUCUGUCCUUAUGAUGUAGUACAGUUAACUUUGUUUUUUUGUGCUUGUAUCCCAGUGCUUCGAAAUUUAUUUUGAAAUCUAACGGGACCUGUCAGUUGCCAAAUGGCAGUAGUUCUAUAAGCUCCUCUGAUGAUCAUUAUUUAGGUCAGCCAUCACAGUCAAUAUUCACAAGAUCCUGAAGAACCACAGUACUACCAAUUAGCUAGUCAAUAUUUUAUUGAAGGAAACUUGAAUUUACUGUAGGCCUUGGAGAGAAAAUGGGAUGCACUCAGCUUGGUUAUGACCUUUAUAAAAUAUUUCUUUAUAAAAAUCAUCAAACAUGAUUUUUAUGCCCUGAAACCAAAAUAUUCUUUUAAAUUACAAUGGAAAUAAUGGGAAAAUGAUGUGAGGUAAUGUUAUAUGUAAAAUAGAUAUAUAAUUCUUUUAC